CGUUCUUUCUUCCUUUUUGCUAGUGGGAGGGGGAGAUUGCAACACCAAAGGGAAUGUUUUCUGUGCGGGAGAGACUUCUCAACAAGUAAGCACUUUGUUUCCUAACUCCUGGCUGAGCGGGCUUCAGUUAGCCAACUGGCUGCUUUUCCAGCACACAUUAUUCCUUGACAGGAUGGCAGGCAAAAGAACAGCUGGCAGAAAACAAUAGGGUGGUGGGUGGGAGAACCAAAUAAGGAAACCAUCCACAACCUGCCCCCUCUCAAUAAAAUAAACCUACAAAUAUCAUCAGUAAUAAUUGUGGGACACUUUUGACGUCACGAUGCGCCGAUCUAGCACGGAUGAAUCAACGUAUCACAGAAGCCCUUCUCUGGACAGCAAGGAUUACAGUUUUCCGAAUGGCGCCUUCCGUCGCUACAGCAGCAUGUAUGGCGGCCAAUUUGGGGCCGCAAGCAACUCUUUUUUUGGAUUCCACACUAACCCGGGCCCUAAGGCCACCAAGGCUAAGUACACGUCCCCCAAAGGGAACAAGUAUGUGGUCUUUUAUUUGGAUCUCUCCUUUAUUUUUCUUCUAGAACUGAAGAGGUGCAGCAUGGCUCACAACUGCCUGCAGUGCAUUAAGUACCUCAUGUUUGUCUUCAACCUUCUGUUCUGGCUGGGAGGCUGUGGAAUUCUUGGAGUUGGCAUAUGGCUAGCUGUUACCCAAGGAAACUUCGCUACCCUCUCUUCUUCCUUCCCUUCCCUGUCAGCUGCCAACCUGCUGAUCAUCACGGGGACUUUUGUAAUGAUCAUUGGCUUUGUGGGGUGCAUAGGAGCCAUCAAAGAAAACAAGUGCCUCCUGCUUAGUUUUUUUAUCAUGCUGUUAAUUAUAUUUGUGCUAGAGCUCACCGUCGUGAUUCUCUUCUUCGUCUACACAGACAAGAUUGAUAAGUAUGCUCAGCGGGACCUGAAGAAAGGGCUUCAUUUGUAUGGAACCGAGGGAAACAUUGGACUAACUAAUGCAUGGAGCAUCAUACAAACAGAUUUCAGAUGCUGUGGAGUGUCAAACUAUACUGACUGGUUUGAAGUGUACAAUACCACACGAGUGCCAGAUUCAUGCUGCUUGGAAUUCAGUGAAAAUUGUGGUCUCCAUUCCCCAGGGACCUGGUGGAAAGCUCCUUGUUACGAAACAGUAAAAAUAUGGCUCCAGGAAAACCUGUUAGCAGUGGGAAUUUUUGGAUUGUGUACAGCUUUGGUUCAGAUUCUUGGAUUGACAUUUGCAAUGACCAUGUACUGUCAGGUUGUCAAGGCAGAUACCUACUGUGCAUAAAAAAAAAAAAAAAAAAAAAAAAAUCGGAGUCCAUCAGCCAUGGCUCACCUCUACAAGUUGAAAGAGGACACUUCUUCAUGCUCAAUCAUAAUUUUUUCUAUGUAAAAUAAACUGUGUAUAAUCCUCUCUGAAAAUUUUGUGAAUCACCCUAGUUUGUCGCCACCAUCCAAAAGGAAACGUCAAGGAACUCAGACUUGCUUAGACAAAAGAAAGUAUUCUCUCUAAGUAACAAGAAAGCUAAGAAAGAAGAAAUUGCUCCCUUUUGCACAGACUGUGGCAUGUGUGAAGAGGCUGAUUAAAAAGAAUUCUUGCAGGCUGCUGCUAUCAAAUAGAAGUUUUCCAGCAUGGUGAAGCCAGCAAAUUCCAGGAAAUACAGAGAGUCAACUGAUUUGUCAAGAUGCCUGUGGAGGAACUUGGAAGUGUAAUUUUACAGCAGUUUGUCUUUAUAGACAGCAUGUCGGCUCAAGGAGUAUGCUUUUGAACUCUUGAGAUUUCACCAUGGUGUGGGAUGUCACUGGGAAUCUUUUCUGCAUAAAGUGGUCUCAGAGUCAUGUUCUCUAAAGUCAGCUCAGAUAUGAAAAGCAGGCCCUACCCUGGGCUGAUAUCUAGGUUUGUAAGUAGAAACUGGGUUCAUGUCUUGCAGAUUAAAUGAGUAGCAGUAUAUAAAUGAUAAUAUGUGGAAAUUUAUAUACAAAAAAAUAUAAAUCUUUAGAUACACAAUGAGCAUUCUAAAACUAAGUGAAGUAGUCUAGCAGAUGCCUACAGAAGCAGGGAAGGGUUCUCCCCUGAUCUGUAUUCCGAGGGACCAUGCAUUCAAAAUGAAAGAAUGGAGUAUUAUUUCUUGGGGGAGAAAUAUAGGCCACUGGGAAAGAAGUACUUCAGUAAACAAGAAGCAAGUAGUUUUUCUUUUACUGUCUUUUGCAUUGUCUUUUACACGUCAUUCCUUUUUCAACUUAUCUUGCAUCAUUCAUUUCCAGGCUUGAAGUCCCAUCAAGAGCUGUCAGCUACUUGUCACUGAUACACCAUUUCAUUAAUUCGCUGCGUGAUAAUUUCAUCUUCAAAUAGGAUGGGCUCACAGACAUAGGAAAAAUCCUCAACAUAGACCUGUUUCAGUUUGUUUGUUUUUCAAGCUUGUAACCUGCUGUUUUACUAACUAAAUCGAAAGAUCCCAGAAAGACUAAAAUAGUUUGUAUAAUUUCCCCACUAGCAAAGACAGAGAUUUUACACAGGCAGUAAUUUUCCUGCUCUGCAUGUCAAGUUUUCAGGCUGACAUACAUCUACAGAACCUUCUGUCUUUUACAGGCAUAGGGUAGCAGAGAGGCCAAAGCAGCCUACAAUAUUUUGUGGAGUAUUUCCUCUCCUUCUCAGCAGCAAACCUUCAGUCCCUGCUGCUUAGUGCGGGAUGUUGAGUCAGCUGAGGUAUUGUGAGCAAAAAUAACAGAGCAGUUAGGCUGAGCGUGACUAAGAAUAUAUUAACACCUGCAUGCUGGUAAUAAUUAAAGAUCAGAAUGUGUUGUAUGUAAGCAAGUAUUGAGGGGAAUAUAUAAAUCUGUGACCAUGCCCUAAUACAAAUUUGU